GAGGCGAUAUUCCGCGUGGUGGCGGCCAUUCUGCACCUGGGCAACAUCACAUUCAAGGCGGGCACGGCAGUGGACUCGUCCAAGCUGCACGGCGACAAGUCCAAGUUCCACCUUGAGGCCGUUGCAGAGCUGCUCAGGUGUGAGAAGAAGAAGCUGCGGGAGUCGUUGUUGACGCGCACGUUGGUGACGCGGGACGGCAACAUCAAGAAGGACCUGGACCCCGCUGCUGCUGUCGUCAGCCGAGACACCCUCGCCAAGACCAUCUACUCUCGCCUCUUUGACUGGCUAGUGGACAAGGUCAACAAGUCCAUAGGGCAGGACCCCGAGUGUGCGUCUAUCAUCGGUGUGCUUGACAUCUAUGGCUUCGAGACCUUCCAGUUCAACAGUUUCGAGCAGUUUUGCAUCAAUCUCGCAAACGAAAAGCUUCAGCAGCACUUCAACCAGCAUGUUCCAUACGCCAAGCAUUGUACUCAACUUAUGGGGCGCCUCGUAAGCCAUUGCGGACCGGUGUCGUCUAUGUGCAUUCACUCGCCUCUCCCUAUGCCGUAUGCCCAUUACUGCACCUGUUUUUCCGUCCCACUGCCUCUUCCGCGUUCCUUAUGCCCUGUCUGCUCCGUGCCACCCGCUCUCCCCUCACCCACCACGCACCAGCACGUGUUCAAGGCAGAGCAGGAGGAGUACGAGCGGGAGGAGAUUGACUGGAGCUACAUCGAGUUUGUGGACAACCAGGACGUGCUGGAGCUCAUUGAAAAGAAACCAAUGGGCAUCAUUUCUCUGCUGGACGAGCAAUGCAUGUUCCCCAAGUCGAACGCGGAGACGUUUGCCACGAAGCUGUACCAGACGUGCGCCUCCCACCCGCGGUUUGAGAAACCCAAGCUGUCGCAGACCGACUUCACCAUCAACCACUACGCCGGGCAGGUAACGUACCAGGCGGACCUGUUCCUCGACAAGAACAAGGACUACGUGGUGGCGGAGCACCAGGACCUGCUCGGCAACUCCAAGGACCCCUUUGUCGUCUCGCUCUUCCCGCCCAGCGCCGGCGGCGAGAAGGCCAAGACCAAGUUCACGUCCCUCGGCUCCAGCUUCAAGCAACAACUGGCGGAGCUGAUGGCAUCACUAGGCACGACAGAGCCACACUACGUGCGGUGUGUGAAGCCCAACAGCAAGAACCGCCCGGGCGAGUUUGAGAACCAGAACGUCAUCCAGCAGCUACGAUGCGGGGGUGUGUUGGAGGCCAUUCGCAUCAGCUGUGCGGGCUACCCCACGCGCCGCUCCUUUGACGAAUUCCUCUCGCGCUUCUCCAUGCUCGCUCCAGAGAUUCUCCUCGACCCCAGCUACGUGGACAACAAGUCAGCAGCCAAGGCCAUGCUGGAGAAGCUCGGACUUACCAACUUCCAGGUGGGGAAGACGAAGGUGUUUCUGAGGGCGGGGCAGAUGGCGAUGCUAGACGCCAUGCGCACGCAGCACCUCAACGCCGCAGUGCGUGUGAUCCAGCGCUACACGCGCUGCUGGCUGCAGCGCCGCCGCUUCCUCGCUCUCAGGAAGGCAGCUGUCAAGGCACAGGCGCUGUGGCGAGGCAAGGCAGCAAGGAAAGAGUACGAGCGGAGGCGCAGGGAGGCAGCAGCGGUGCGCAUUCAGAAGCACUACCGCGCGCACUUGGCACUCUGCCAGUACGCACGCGUGCAGCGCGCCGUGCUGGUGCUGCAGGCGGGGGCUAGGGGCAUGUUUGCGCGCUCUGAGGCCAGGAGCAGACGGCGGAACCUUGCUGCCACGCGCAUUCAGACGCGGUAUCGCGGGCACAGGGAGCGGCGGGCGUAUGGGAAGCUGAGGGCAGCGGCGGUGGUGAUGCAGUGCAUGUGGCGGGGCAGAGCAGCCCGCCUGGAACUCAAGCGCCUCAAACACGAGGCGAAGCAAACGGGGGCGCUGCAGGCGGCGAAGACACGGCUGGAGAAGCAGUGCGAGGAGCUCACGUGGCGCCUGCAGCUCGAGAAGCGCAUGCGGUCGGAUUUGGAGGAGGCGAAAUCAGCGGAGAUAGCGCGGCUGCAGCAGGAGAUGGAACAACUCAAAACAGACCUGCAGACCGCCACCACACAAGUAGACCAACUGCAGGCACAGCUGCGCGCAGGCGGAGGGGGAGGAGUGGGAGGUGGAGGAGGUGGAGGAGGAGGAGGGGGUGCAACCGUUGGUGGGGCGGUGGGGGCAGUGGCGGCGAGAAUAGGCCGCAGUGCGUCGGGAACGCACACUGCACCGUCGUCAGCAACAGCAUCACCGGUGCUCAUGGCGUCACGCUCGGGGAAAGACAUGGUGUCGCCGCCACAGCCAGGCAAGCACGGUGCUGGCGCCAGGGCAGUGGAUCUGUUAUUGCCUGCUGCUGCUGCUGCUGCUGCUGCGUCUGCUGGUCCCUCCUCCCCUGCCGCGCGCCCUGCUCUCUCGCACCCCUUGUCCCGCAUCUCCAGCGCGCGUCUCUCUGGCAGCAGUCCCUCAGGCCGCAUGGACCCAGGCUCUGCCACGACUGCUGCUGCCAUGGGGAGUGCAGGGAGUGCGGCGGACGGGGCAGCAGGCGCGUGGGAGGGCGAGGGAGCAGUGGGCGAGGGAGAAGUGGUGUUGGAAGGGGGGAUGAACGGGGUGGUGGUGGAUGCGGCGGUGGUGGUGGCGGCGGCGCAGGCGAGUGCAGCAAUGAUGGAGAAUGAGAAGCUGAAGGAGUCGCUAGAGGCGUCGGACUCACGCGCGGCGGCCAUGGAGGAGGUGAUCGCGCGCAGGGAGGAGCGCAUUCGAGAGCUGGAGGAUGACGUGUUAACGCUCAAGGGCGAGUGCGGCAGGCUGCAGGAGCACCUACAGGGCAUGGAGCGCGAGUUCCAAGUGCUGCGCCGCCAGUCCCUCUCCAUGGCCACAGCAACUGCCAACGCCACCGGGCCUGGUGCACUCCACCACGUGCCGCAGCGCGCCCCCUCCGGGCGGCUCUCCUCGGCUCUGUUCGGCAUGGCGCCACACGGUGGCGCUGCUGCUGCUGCUGCUGCUGCUGCUGCUGCUGCUGUGGCGCCGUCUCCCCCGCCCGUGGGGCUGCCUGCUGCUCGCGAGGCGGCCAACAAGGUGGCGGCGUCGCAGGAGGCGGAGAUGAAACGGCACCACGUGCUGGCGGAGAGGCAGCAGGCGGAUCAAGACGCAGUCCUACAGUUCGUGGUAUCAGACCUGGGUUUCGACAACAACCGUCCCGUGGCAGCGUGCAUUCUCUACCGCGCGUUGCUGCACUGGCGCUCCUUCGACGCCGAGCAGACCAAUGUGUUUGACCGCAUCAUCCAGACCAUGAGCGCGGCCGUGGACACCCACGACAGUAGUAGCGCCGGCGCCACGAGCAGUAGCAGCAGCAGUGCGGACCGCCUGGCGUUCUGGCUGUCGAACGCGUCGGCGCUGCUGCACCUGCUGCACCGCUCGUUCCGCCCGGGCGGGGCGUCGCAGAGCCAGAUGCAGGCGCAGCGGCGGCGUCAGCAGCAGGCUGCCACGUCGCUGUUCGGCAGGAUGACCCAGUCGUUCCGAGGGCCAGUGGCGGUAGCGCAGGACGAGGCGAGUGCGGUGCAGGCGGACGGGCUGCACCUGGUGGACCCCAAGUUCCCCGCGCUGCUCUUCAAGCAGCAGCUCACGGCGUUCGUGGAGAAGGUCUACUCCACCAUCCGCGACAACCUCAAGAAGGAUAUCUCUCAGAUGCUCGUUGCAUGCAUCCAGGCGAGCCGGUCGUUCCGGUCAGGGGUGAUGACGCGGCAGCAGCAGCGCGGGCAGGCAGCAGACGCGCGCACGGCCGCUCAGAACCAAGCGGCAGCACCGGGAGUGGCGCAGUGGAGCGGCAUCAUAGCGCGGCUGACGGAGCUGCUCAACACGCUCAAGGCCAACCACGUGCCCGCCUUCCUCGUGCGCAAGCUCUUCUCCCAGAUCUUCGCCUACAUCAACGUCCAGCUCUUCAACAGUCUGCUGCUGCGGCGGGAGUGCUGUUCGUUCAGCAACGGGGAGUACGUGAAGGCAGGGCUGGCAGAGUUGGAGCGGUGGAUCUACGAUGCCACGGACGAGUAUGCAGGCUCCGCGUGGGAGGAGCUCCGAUUCAUCCGCCAGGCCGUCGGCUUCCUGGUGAUCCAUCAGAAGCCCAAGAAGUCUCUGGAGGACAUCAGCAGCGACCUGUGCCCGGCGCUGAGCAUGCAGCAGCUGUACCGCAUCAGCACCAUGUACCGUGACGACAAGUACGGCACGCACUCCGUGGCGCCCGCUGUCAUCAACGCCAUGCGUGUCAAGAGCACCGAGGAGUCGGCGCUCAAUGGCACCAACUCUUUCCUGCUUGAUGACGACUCCUCGGUGCCAUUUGCGGUGGAUGACAUAUGCAAGGAGCUGCCGAACCUCUCUCUCAAUGGGUUGCACAUGCCGCCGCACCUCCGUGACUCAGGGCCCUUCCACUUCCUCUUCUCCUAG